AUGUAUCUCAAUUUUUUUUGUGGAGUUCCAGACAUACUUCGCUCAGGAUUAUGCACAAACAGCAUGGAUCCAUUCCAUUGUAGAUUGUGUGACCAUGCUCUGUGCUCCACUUGGGAGUGUUGUCAGUAACCAUUUGUCCUGUCAAGUGGGAAUCAUGCUUGGUGGCUUGCUUGCAUCUACUGGUCUCAUCCUCGGCUCCUUUGCCACCAGCCUGAAGCACCUCUACCUCACUCUGGGAGUUCUUACAGGUCUUGGAUUUGCACUUUGUUACUCUCCAGCCAUCGCCAUGGUUGGCAAGUACUUCAGCAGACGGAAAGCCCUCGCUUAUGGGAUCGCCAUGUCGGGAAGUGGCAUUGGCACCUUCAUCCUGGCUCCUGUGGUCCAACUCCUCAUUGAGCAGUUUUCCUGGCGGGGAGCAUUACUCAUUCUUGGGGGCUUUGUUCUGAACCUCUGUGUCUGUGGUGCCUUGAUGCGGCCAAUUACUCUAAACGAGGACCAUGCUACUCCAGAGCAGAACCAUUUCUGUAGAACUCAGAAAGAAGACUGUCAGCGGGCGUCUGCCUAUUCACCUUUGACCAAAGAAUGGGUGCAGACUUGCCUCUGUUGCUCUUUGCAGCAGGAAUAUAGUUUUUUGCUGAUGUCAGACUUUGUUGUAUUAGCCAUCUCUGUCCUGUUUAUGGCUUAUGGCUGCAGCCCUCUCUUCGUGUACUUGGUGCCUUAUGCUUUGAGUGUCGGAGUGAGUCACCAGCAAGCUGCUUUUCUCAUGUCCAUACUUGGGGUGAUUGACAUUAUUGGCAAUAUCACCUUUGGAUGGCUGACCGACCGAAGGUGUCUGAAGAAUUAUCGGUAUGUUUGCUACCUCUUUGCCGUGGGACUGGAUGGGCUCUGCUAUCUCUGCCUCCCAAUGCUUCAAAGUCUUCCUCUGCUCGUGCCUUUCUCUUGUACCUUUGGCUACUUUGAUGGUGCCUACGUGACCUUAAUCCCAGUAGUGACGGCAGAGAUUGUGGGGACCACCUCCUUGUCAUCUGCGCUCGGGGUGGUGUACUUCCUUCAUGCUGUGCCGUACUUGGUGAGCCCACCUAUUGCAGGAUGGCUGGUGGAUACGACUGGCAGCUACACUGCAGCUUUCCUUCUCUGUGGAUUUUCAAUGAUAUUUAGUUCUGUGUUGCUUGGCUUUGCUAGACUUGUAAAGAGGAUGAAAAAAUCCCAGCUGCAGUUCCUCACCAAAGAAUCAGAUCCCAAGCUGCAGCUAUGGACCAAUGGAACAGUGGCUUAUUCCGUUGCGAGAGAAUUAGAUAAAAAAGAUGGGGAGUCUGUGGCUACAGCAGUGCCUGGCUAUACCCCCACGUGACCAAGGGCCUUGAGUCUGGGAAUCUUCAGGGUUCAAAGAGGUGGGGCCACCAGA